AUGGCGGUGGUCCUCUCCGUGUUUGGCGCCGCCUACGGGAUCGCGAAGUCAGGCAUUGGAGUCUCAGUAGUCAGUGUGUUGCGACCUGACAUGAUAGUCCAAAACAUGAUGCCGCCCAUCCUCGCGGGUAUCCUCUCCAUCUACGGUCUUGUCGUCGCGGUUAUAAUAAACUCCGGCCUCAAGGAGAAAAUUGCUCUUCAUACAAGCUUCAUGCACCUAGCAGCAGGGCUAUCAUGCGGAUUGUGCUGUCUGGCAGCAGGAUUCUGUAUAGGGAUCGUGGGUGAUGCCGGCGUGAGAGGUACUGCGCAGCAGCCGCGUCUCUUCGUCGGGAUGAUGUUGAUGUUGAUCUUUGCUGAGGUGCUGGGUCUUUAUGGGGUUAUUAUUGCAAUGAUGAUGGUCUCGCAGGCAACUGUGAAUGUGUCGAAUUGCGGAUAG